AUGAUUCGUCCCGGGAAGCAGAGCUUUCAAGCGGCGUGGAUCUUCCUGUGUGUCGCCCAGCUGACUGCAGGUCUCAGGUGUGUGUGCCAGCUUUGCGCCAACCACACCUGUGAGACGACGGCAGACGGUGCCUGCUGGAACUCUGUGAUGCUGAUUGACGGGAAGGAGGAGACAGUCAAGUCCUGCCUGUCACCCUCUGAAAUGAAGGGCCAGGUCUUCUGCUACAGCUCCCGAAAUGUCUCCAAGAGGAACUGCUGCUUCACUGACUUCUGCAACAAUGAGACUCUGCACCUGCACCCAGAGAGGCCUUUGGAGGAGCCCAGCUGGGGCAGGCUGCAGCUUGCUGUGGUGAUCCUGGUGCCCUCCUGCCUGUUGUGUGUGGGGAUCCUGCUGGGUGUGUUUGUUGUGCAGGGCCACCGCUGUACCUACAGCAGAGCACACAAGCAGGACCCAGAGGAGCCUCUGGAUAACCAGAUGUUAAUGUCCCCCGACAAAUGUCUCAAAGAUCUCAUCUAUGACAUGAGCACGUCGGGCUCUGGGUCAGGUCUGCCACUGCUGGUACAGCGGACAAUAGCUCGGACUAUUGUCCUGCAGGAGACCAUUGGAAAAGGUCGAUUUGGGGAGGUGUGGCGGGGAAAGUGGCGAGGAGAGGAUGUGGCGGUGAAGAUCUUCUCCUCCAGGGAUGAGAGGUCGUGGUUUCGUGAAGCAGAGAUUUAUCAGACAAUUAUGCUCAGACAUGAGAACAUCUUGGGCUUCAUUGCUGCUGACAACAAAGAUAAUGGCUCGUGGACUCAGCUGUGGUUGGUGUCAGAGUACCAUGAGCAUGGCUCCUUGUAUGACUACCUGAACAGGUACACAGUCUCCUUGGAAGGCAUGAUUGUCCUCGCUCUGUCCAUCGCCAGUGGGCUGGCACAUCUCCACAUGGAAAUCAUUGGAACACAAGGGAAACCUGCCAUUGCUCACAGAGACCUAAAGUCUAAAAAUGUCCUGGUGAAGAAAAACGGCACGGCUGUCAUCGCAGAUUUAGGUUUGGCUGUUAAACACGACUCCAGCACCAAUGCCAUCGACAUACCAUCCAACCACAGAGUUGGAACUAAGAGGUACAUGGCCCCAGAAAUCCUGGAUGAGACAAUCAAUAUGAACAGCUUUGAGUCAUUCAAGAGGGCGGAUAUCUACUCGCUGGGCCUGGUGUUCUGGGAACUGGCCCGAAGAUGCUCUGUCAGGGGACUUCAUGAAGAUUUCCAGCUGCCUUAUUAUGACCUGGUGCCUUCUGAUCCGACCAUUGAGGAUAUGAGGAAAGUGGUGUGUGAGCAGAAACUCAGACCCAACGUUCCCAACCAGUGGCAGAGCUGUGAGGCUCUGCGUGUGAUGGGCAAACUGAUGAGAGAGUGCUGGUACGCCAACCCUGCCGCUCGACUCACAGCUCUGCGGGUCAAGAAAACCGUGUCUCACCUGUCUGUCAUCAAAGAUGUCAAAGAUUAGUUUGAUUUGUUGCCCUGCAGAUCAGCACUGGUGCUGGCACUGGUGGAGCAUGAUGGACUUAGAGUCGUUAUGGGAAGCAAACUGGGAGAAACUGUUGUCUCUAACAGCCUGAGGCUGCCCUCUACAGGACACAGCCACACUGUUCACCCUCAGAGAGCAACUGCAGGUUGUUUUUGGUGCCAAAGUAUUGUAGGGGGUGUCUGUGGCUGCUUUGCACAUAGCCACCUAAUAAAAAAAAGAACCAAACAGCUGAACUUUUGGUAGGAAGAGCCAUAUGAAAUAAGAAUAUGUAUAAUGUAUAUACAGAUUAUUUUGCUACCUCAGACAUUUAA